AUGCUCCUGUCGCGAGCAAAAACCCCUGCGUCCCGCCAGGAGGGCCGCACCACUAUCGUGGCCCGGUCACGGUCCGCUGACGUUGUCACGGAGAAGGAGACGUGGCCUCACAAUCUAGACAGAGAGGUCACCGCAGAAGUUGAGACUGAGAACCAGCGAGUGGUCGGCAACGAAACUGUCGGGUCGUCGAAGUGUGGGAUCCGUGCGGUUGAUGUGACAACAGAAACUGUCUUGGAAACUGGGUUCUUCCUUAGAGUUACUGGUUGGAGAAAUUCAACAGUCCGCGGACAUCCGUGGUGGGUCUCCCUAAAAUCAGGUGAGCACCACUUCUGUGGAGGAAGCUUGAUCCAGGAGGAUCUGGUUGUUACCCCAGCACACUGCCUAGUUGGCCUCAAUGAGAAGCAAAUUAAGAGUCUGACUGUGACUGCUGGGCAACACAGCCUCUCCCAGAAGGGUGUACACGAACAGAAGAGUCCUGUCUCAAAAAUUAUUAUCCAUCUUGAGUACCACAGACUUGGACAUAUGAGUUCUGAUAUUGCACUGCUCUACCUAGAACACAAAGUUGAGUUUGGAACUGCUGUUCAGCCAAUCUGUCCUCAUAGAGAUGAGAAAUCUGAAGCAGGGAUUCUUUGCAUGACCAGUGGAUGGCGCAAGAUCUCAGAGACAUCAGAAUAUUCAAACGUCCUAUGAGAAGUAGAACUUCCCCUCAUGGAUGACAGAAUGUGUAAUAGUGUGCUCAAGCGUAUGAACCUUCCUCUUCUGGGAAGGACAAUGAUGUGUGCCAGGUGUCCAGAUGGGGAAAAGGAUGCCUGCCAGGGAGACUCUGGAGGUUCAUUUGUUUGUAGAAGAGACAGUGGAAUCUGAGUCCUUAUUGGGAUAAGUUCUUGGAGAGCUGUUUGGACUAGAGAUUGGACUUCUUUAAGAAAAAAACAUAAAAGGGUAUCGCUGGGCAUUUUCUCCAAGGUGUUUGAGUUGAUGGAUUUUGUCACUCAGAACAUACUCAAAGCUUGUAGAUCUCAAGGAACCGUGUUAUUUGGAGAAAAUGGCAAGAUUCGUCACCCCCAUUCCGAAGAGAGGAGAUUUUCUCGUAAUUGCUUAUGUAUGUGGAGAAUAACAGUACCAGGAAAUAAAAUUAUCCUGGUAAAAUUUACAAGCUUAGACAUACAAAAUAAAAUUGGAUGUGACCAUGACUAUAUAUCCUUACAAUCGAGCAAUGGAGUGCUUAUUAUUAGUAAGGUCUGUGGAGGUCUGUUGCCUCCAUCCUUGCUGACAGAGACCAAUGAGGCCACAGACAUUGUUUCUAGGACAGGAAACAAUGGUAGCAGGUUUGAGCUGACCUUUACUGCCAUACAGAAGAACUUGGGAGCAGGCAGGGGGAGUGUGGCUGCACUGGUGGAAGGAAGGACAGUUCACUCUGUCGAUUAUCCUGACUUGUAUCCCACAUGUGUAAGGUGUCAUUGCUUCAUUCAUGCUCCAGAGAAACACAUUGUACAAUUGGAAUUUGAGGACUUUAUCACUGAAUUUAGCCAAAACUGUGUUUAUGAUGUGGUUGUGACUUACGGUGAUCCUGAAGAGGAGCAUGAAUUAUCUAAAUUUUGUGGGAUUUUGAACUUUACUCCAGUAUUCAGUCCUAAUAACAUAUUGGUGAUUCACUGUAAAAGUGAUGGUGAAAAUACCUUCCAGGGCUUCAAGGCUAGAUUUAACUUUUUGCUCUCAACCACGUUGGAUCAACAUCACCCCUCCACCCGCCCCCGAGUCAAUCCCCUGUCUUCUGCAAAAGCUAUUCCGUGUGGCAUCCCUCCAUUUAGUCUCCAGUGGCUUUUGAGAAGAAUUGUAGAGGGGGACGAAGCCUGUCCCCACUGCUGGCCAUGACAGGUGGGCGUGAGGUUCCUAGGCAGUCACCAGUGUGGAGAGCCCAUCCUCAACCCUACUUGGAUUCUGACCGCAGCCCACUGUGUGCAGUCGAAAAAUAAUCCUCUCUUCUGGACCAUUGUCACUGGACACCGUGACAGAACCCUGAAGGAACCAGUUGAGCAGGUGAGAAGGGCAAAACGCAUCCUGGUAUGAGAAGCCUUUGGUAGACGGAAUCAUAACUCUGACGUCGCCCUGAUAGAGCUGAGCUGUCCUCUGGGGUUCAACUCCAUCGUGAGGCAUGUAUGUCUUCCACAAAGCAUGGAGCCGCUCUUUCCCUCGAAGACUUGUGCUGUGACUGGUUGGGGGAGACUUAGUGAAGACAGCAGCGUAGCAAGGAGCUUCCAACAGAUCCAGGUGCUUGUGUUGGAAAGAGAGGUCUGGGAACGUGCUCACGCCUCUCACCCAGGAGGGCUCACGGAGAAGAUGACGUGUGCUGACUUAGCAGCCUCUGGAGGGAGAGACUUCGGUCAGGGAGACUCUGGUGGCCCAUUAGUAUGUAGACAUGAAAAAGGUCUCUUUGUCCUAUAUGGCAUUGCCAGCUGGGGGGCUGGCUCUGCCCAGCCAGGGAAGCCAGGUGUAUUUGCCAGGGUGAGUGUCCUCUUGGACUGGAUCUAAUCCAAAAUCAAAGGUCCUGUUUCACUUCAGAUAAGUAAGGAAAGCAAAACAUUACCAAGACGACAGUUGCCACCACCCACUUCAACAGACGAUGCAUCUGGACCAGGUUGUUACUCUGAGGUGGAACUAGAAGAGCCCAGAGGCUUUUUUUUUUCAACUCCAGGAUAUCCAGUGGAUUAUAGAGGAGAACUGAAAUGUUCUUGGGUGCUCAGGGUGUCCCCUAGCAGUAUGGCAAAAUUGACGGUUAAGUACCUGUCACUGCCUUGGUCUCCUGUGUGUCCAGAUUUAGUUAUGACUGUUUAUGAAGAAAACCACAAUGACAGAAGGGUGUCUGAUAUAAUCUAUUCCUUCUCUUGCUCCUCAAAUACUUGUAAGGAUGAUCAACUAGGGGCUAGAGACCCACUCUUCUUGGUUGUAGGGAUUCAGGAACCCCUAGUGACAGUGGUAUUUUGUUCAUUUGUGCAAGCUGCUUUGGGCAUAAGUUACAUUGUUUUUAGAGUCAAAGGUCCAAAGGGCAGUAAAGCUAUCAAACUUCUCCAGAGUUCAAAGCAAGAACAUACAGCCACUUGGGAGGAUGUUAUUCUGACUAAACCAGGAGGAAUCAUACAGAUCCCAGGGUAUUCUCACAAAACCACUGUGAGUUGCCACUGGAAGUUAUUAGCCCCUUUACAUCAUGUUGUUUGCCUUGAUAUUAUCAUUCCGAUGAAGCUGACACCCUUGGCCUGUCAGGGUCACAUGUGGAUUUAUGAAGGAUUGGGAAAACUACGUGGAGAAAAUUCACCUUCAUUAAAAUCUCAUGGUCCUUUAGUGAUGCUGAUUUUCACAUACAAUGUCAGUUUGCCCAUGAAAGAAUUUUCUUUGAGAUAUACUUUUCAUAUUUCUGAUCCUUUCCCGUAG